CUGCCUAACCUCUCUAACUUAAAUGUGUAUUUUUUUCAGAAAAAAGUGGCAUAUACCUAAUUUAUUGAAAAAUUUAGGAAAAUCUUACAUUUCUUGUGGUUUUCAUAAUAAUUCUUGAAAUAUUUAUGCAAAAAUUUAUAUUAAAAUGUUUAAGUUACGGUUUUAAGGUUCAUUCAUGAAUGCAAAUUGUGGAAAAUUUAAACUGAUUUCAACAAGCACAAAACAAAACAAAAACAUCAUAAAAACAAAUAAUACAAACUAAUUGAAAUCAUCAUCAAGUGAGAUUAUUUAGUUUUUUAGUUUAUUUGAGUGGACGGCUUAAUCUAAAUGGCUGGAACUGGAAACAUGAGACAAGAAGAUGUUGCUACUUAUGUAGUUGCAAAGUACGAUUACUCCGCACAAGGCGCUCAAGAACUAGAUUUAAGGAAGAACGAACGCUAUCUGCUACUUGAUGAUAGCAAACAUUGGUGGAGAGUUCAAGAUGCACGUAGCCAAUCCGGUUACGUUCCAAGCAAUUAUGUCAAAAAAGAGAAAAAGUCUGUUUCACUUUUCGAUAGCUUCAAGAAAAAGGUGAAGAAAGGAACAAACCCACGAACUCUGCCCAACUCAUCGCCAUCACGUCAGGUGGAUUCACCAACAAUGGGAAGAAAACUGCCUCCAGAUCCUUCUGAAGCCAUUGGAACAGCAAUCGUUAAAUAUAAUUAUCAAGCACAACAAGCAGAUGAACUGCAAUUAACAAAAGGAACCCGAAUAUUGAUAUUAGAAAAGAGUAAUGACGGAUGGUGGCGGGGACAGAGUGGUAAUCAAACCGGAUGGUUUCCAAGUAAUUACACAACAGAAGAAAAUGACGAUGAUGGUGUUCACACUUAUGCGAUGGCUGAAAAUGUUCUCGAUAUUGUUGUCGCUCUUUAUUCAUUUAAUUCUAACAAUGACACCGAACUUUCUUUUGAGAAAGGUGACCGAUUAGAGAUAGUUGAUCGUCCACAAACUGAUCCCGAAUGGUAUAGAGCACGAAACCAAAAGGGACAAAUCGGCCUUGUGCCAAGGAAUUAUUUACAAGAGCUUCAGGAAUAUUUAAAUGCUCCAUAUCGUGGUGGUCCGGAUUCAAUAGAUCGAAGACCCGAAAUGCCUUCAUCAGCAACAUCAACAAUGCAUAGUAUUUCUCAUAAUGCAAAUGGAAAUGGAAACGGAAACGGGCAACUUGAACGACCAGUGUUAAGUGGUAAAAGUUGGUACUAUGGCGCCAUUACAAGGAAUCAAUGUGAUACUGUUCUCAACUCACAUGGACACGAUGGCGACUUUCUUAUUCGAGAUUCAGAAACAAAUACUGGAGAUUUUUCGGUGUCACUUAAAGCUCCUGGUCGAAAUAAACACUUUCGUGUUCAUGUUGAAGGCAAUAUGUAUUGCAUUGGACAGAGAAAAUUCCAUAAUCUUGAUCAACUCGUCGACCAUUACCAAAGAGCUCCCAUUUAUACAAAUAAACAAGGCGAGAAAUUAUAUCUGGUGCGGUCACUGCCGAAAGCAAACGGAACUUAAUUGUAAUUUAUUUCUUCGUAUUUUUAAAAAUUUAAAAUUUUAAAUCUUAAUUACAAGUUUUCUGUUAUUUUUUCCUUAAAUUCAAAUCACAGAUUUAUGCUUUUGAUUUUUUUAAGUUAAUUUAUGACGAAAAGUUAAGAUAAAUUACUCUAGGACAACUUUAGUUGUUGCUUCAGAAGUGUAUCUAUUUAGAAAGCAAGAAACACUGAAAAAUUUCGCCGUAUCAUAUAAAGAACAAGUCACAUCGCUGUCUAAGCAUCAGACUAAAACGACAUACUGAAUUAAUGUAGACUUCCGUAAUUCGCGCUGUUUAAUACUCGAAAGGAAGAAAAUCAUAAAAAUGAAGAAUGAACAAUAGAAAGUGUGUAAUAUUUCUAACAAGCAAAAAACAUUAGUUUUAAUCAGAGUGAAGUGUGAAAGGGGUCUCGGAAGUAUGUAUCUAACCUUUGUACAUACUGAGUUGCGAGCAGCGGUCUAAACUGGUUGAAACUCGACCGAUUCCGGUUCUUCAAUUUUUUUUUCGCGUUGCCAAAUCUCGUUUCCGGUUCUUGGAUAUUUUUAUUUCGCCUCCAAUUCUCGAAAAAUUCAGCGGUUUCUACCAGUUCCGAUUACUGAUUGUAAGAUAACAUUAUGUAUGGAUGAAUGAUCCCCAAAGAUUAAAAUAAUUUAGCGUUAACAAAUAGAAUAAAAGCAUUCAUAAUACUACAAGUAAGAAAAGUAGAGAAAUUUCUUCUUUCAAGUGAUAGUGCUGAAUAACAUAAUCACAUGAAAAAGGAAGAAAAAAAGUUUUAUACAUAAUUAAGGUUUGAUGGAUAAGAAAAUGAAUUGAAAAGUGUAUGUUUCUCUUCCUAUUGCAUCACUCACACACAGCCACAUAGAUAAGUGAAUAUGGUAUCAAAUCACAAAAACUUUAUAAACUUCAUAAAGCUUUAAGUCAAAGAUAAAUGAAAAGUUUGCAUCAUGUCUAUAAAUCAUCCGUGUUUUCUAUCAAUUUCUUGA